CGGCUGGGCGCGCGCGCGGCGGGGGCCGAGGCUGCUCCCUCGCUCCCCCCACCCCGCCCCGCCAGGCUCCAACCGCCGCCGCCGCCACCACCGCCUGGGCCCCCGCCCCCGGUCCUCGGCCCCGCGGGGGCCUCCCGCCCCCACCGUCGCUGCUGCGCUCCCCGGCCAGCCAGGCGCCCUCCUUCCCUCCCUCCCGCCGGCCGGGGUGCGCGGGCGGCGGGGCGGCCCUCGGGCCAUGCGUUCGGCGCGGCCCAACCCGGCCGGCCGGGGGCGGCGCCCCGAGCCCGGGCCCCGUGCGGCCCGCGCCCCCGGCCCCCGCUGAGCCCCAGGGGGCCCACCGUGGCCGAGGCCAUGUUCCCCGUGUUCCCUUGCACGCUGCUGGCCCCCCCCUUCCCCGUGCUGGGCCUGGAUUCCCGGGGGGUGGGCGGCCUCAUGAACUCCUUCCCGCCACCUCAGGGUCACGCCCAGAACCCCCUGCAGGUCGGGGCUGAGCUCCAGUCCCGCUUCUUUGCCUCCCAGGGCUGCGCCCAGAGUCCAUUCCAGGCCGCGCCGGCGCCCCCACCCACGCCCCAGGCCCAGGCGGCCGAGCCCCUCCAGGUGGACUUGCUCCCGGUUCUCGCCGCCGCCCAGGAGUCUGCAGCCGCCGCGGCCGCGGCCGCAGCUGCCGCCGCUGCCGCCGCCGUUGCUGCGGCACCCCCAACCCCAGCUGCCGCCUCUACAGUGGACACAGCGGCUCUGAAGCAGCCGCCCGCACCCCCUCCGCCGCCCCCGCCGGUGUCGGCACCCACUGCCGAGGCCGCGCCCCCUGUCUCUGCUGCCACCAUCGCCGCAGCCACUGCCGUCGUCGCCCCGACCUCGACGGUUGCCGUGGCCCCAGUCACAUCUGCCUUGGAGAAGAAGACAAAGAGCAAGGGGCCCUAUAUCUGUGCUCUGUGCGCCAAGGAGUUCAAGAACGGCUACAACCUCCGGAGGCACGAGGCCAUCCACACGGGAGCCAAGGCUGGCCGGGUCCCUUCGGGUGCUAUGAAGAUGCCCACCAUGGUGCCCCUGAGCCUCCUGAGCGUGCCCCAACUGAGUGGAGCCGGUGGAGGAGGGGGAGAGGCGGGUGCCGGCGGCGGAGCGGCCGCAGUGGCAGCCGGUGGCGUAGUGACCACCACCGCCUCGGGAAAGCGCAUCCGGAAGAACCACGCCUGUGAGAUGUGCGGCAAGGCCUUCCGCGACGUCUACCAUCUGAAUCGACACAAGCUGUCGCACUCCGACGAGAAGCCCUACCAGUGCCCUGUGUGCCAACAGCGCUUCAAGCGCAAGGACCGCAUGAGCUACCACGUGCGCUCACAUGACGGCGCUGUGCACAAGCCCUACAACUGCUCCCACUGUGGCAAGAGCUUCUCCCGGCCGGAUCACCUCAACAGUCACGUCAGACAAGUGCACUCAACAGAACGGCCCUUCAAAUGUGAGAAAUGUGAGGCAGCUUUCGCUACGAAGGAUCGACUGCGGGCACACACAGUACGACAUGAGGAGAAGGUGCCAUGUCAUGUAUGUGGCAAGAUGCUGAGCUCGGCUUAUAUUUCGGACCACAUGAAGGUGCACAGCCAGGGCCCUCAUCAUGUCUGUGAGCUCUGCAACAAAGGUACUGGUGAGGUUUGUCCAAUGGCAGCGGCAGCAGCGGCGGCGGCGGCAGCAGCAGCAGCGGCAGCAGCAGCGGCUGCAUCAGUGGCAGCCCCUCCAACAGCUGUGGGUGCCCUCUCUGGGGCUGAGGGGGUGCCUGUGAGCUCUCAGCCACUUCCCUCCCAGCCUUGGUGAACUCCCAAGUUGGUGAGGGGGAGAGGGGAGGAAAAUGGAGGAAAGUCCCUUGGUACAAUCUCCUUUCUACUCUUCUCUUCCCACCAACUCCUCACUGCUUCCCUCACCACCCAAGGAGCCUCCUGAAGGAAAGGAGGAAGAAAUGUUUUCUUAGGGGAAUUCACUAGGUUUUAACAAUUUGUUCUCCUGCUCCUCUCUUCCUAUCAGACCUGACCCCACAUACACACCUGUCCUCUUGGUUGUGUUGAAGCUCCCUGGACAGUGGGCAGGGGUGGCAGAGGACAGGAGCAGCCACUGCCCUCACCCCUUCUCCUCUCUGUAACCCUCUGCCUUGCCUUUCCAGGGAUUUGUGAACCUUCUCCCUUGAUGGUCCUUCUUGCUCUCCUUCCAGUCCCCCCCUACUGUCUGCUGCCCCUCCCUGGGGAGUUGGUGCUUUUUUUUUUCCAGGGGGAGGGAGGAGAGAAAGGAGGGGAAUCAAAGAUUCUGUCCUAGAGGGGAAAAGGUGAGAUUUGAGAAGAGGCAGAAACAGGGAAGGCAAAGAUGGUACCUUCAUAAGGUGGGGUUGUUUAGGGUCAGGCCCUAAGCAUCAUCCUACUGGAGAAUUUGUCAGGGGAAAACAAGUCAAAGGGAGCAAAAGAAGGAGCCACUUGGGCAAGAGGCAGGGCAAGAGAUGGAACUUUAUGAGGCCAGGGUAAAUAGGGGGGUCCAGGGACUAGAGGUGCUGCCUGGGGUUGGGGGGAAGGCAGCUGGUGUCUCCCCUUUUCCUCUUCCACCCCAGCUCCAGCCCUGGCCUUUUCAUCCCUCUCCCCCAAGAUAGAAGCUGUGGCCCUGGCCUUGUCAUCGUGUUCCAGUGUCCCCUGCAUGUUCCCUACCCUUCACUCCCUCUUGCGUGGAUCCCAUUACAAUAAAUUUUAAAUAAAAACUUG